UUAUUAGUUUUGGAUAGGUAGAGAGAAAGUUUAUCUUAGCUGACAAAUUUUUUAAGUCUUGUUCUUAUUGGAUUUUUGACUAUUAUUUGUUUAUAUUAUAUAUUUUUCAAAUUUGUUACUAUAAAGUUGGAAUCAUUCUUAUUAGGGCUUUUUAAGCUUUAAAACAGUAUUCUAUGAAAUUUAUAAAUUUUAUAAUUAUUUUUAAUUUGAUUUUUUUAUAUUGUCAAAAUUGUAAAGGAUCUUUUUUUCUAACAUUUCAAGAACAUAUUGAAUCGAAUAAAGCAUGCCAUGAUUUUCUUCAUAAUAGUAAUUUUAAAGAACCUCUUAUUAAAUGUGUGAGAAAAAUUGCAAGAGAAUCACAUUGUGGAGGAACCUAUGAUGUACAGUGUCUUUGUAACUCAGACCAUUUUUUUUUUUCUACUCUUUUUGUUAAAACAUAUGCAAGUUGUUUUCGUUCGUUAAGCUCAGAUGAACAUUUUUCUUUUUCACAGUUUUUUGAAGGUCUUUGUAAGGAUCCACCAGUUCCUGAUAGUUCAUGUGUUAGUUUAAAUAAACCUCCUCCUCCCAUUCUAUGUUCAGAUCCAUAUAAAGGUAUUAAAUUUGGAAGAGAACUUUUGGCAUGUAUGAAAAAGUUUGCAAAUCAAUCGCUAUGUCGGAAUGUGAAUGAUGCAAAUUGUUUAUGUGAUUCACGUUCUUAUUGGAUUGGUGCUAAUGAAUGUCUUCGUUCUGAGGAUAUAAGUAAACUUGCUCUCGUUCAAGAGUUUCGAAAGUCACUUUGUAAUUCACCGCUUGAGCUUCCUGGAUGUUCUGGCGUUCCAGAUGUUUUACCAGAUUGUCCAGAUGUUUUUCAAGCUGCUAAUCUUGAUAGUAGCCUUCGAGAAUGCUUGACAACUAUAGCAAAAGGAACACGUUGUGGAAAUAUGGAUGCAGUUUGUUUAUGUGAUUCAAAGAAGUUUAUUGAUGCUACAACAAAACAAGAAAAUUAUGAUAUUUGUUUCGCCAAACUGUCUCUCAGUGUUCGUCAAAGUUAUUUGAAAUAUAAAGCGGAGCUUUGUAGUAGUCCUAAGCAGACUAAUAUGUGUAUUUUAAAAAAGCCCUCAUAUCAACAAGUCAUUUGUUUUGAUCCAUACAAGGAUGCAAAUUUUAGAGAUAGUCUUGAAACAUGUUUGAUAGCUGCAGCGAAAAAUUCAUUGUGUGAACAGCCUUAUGAUUCAUUAUGUCUUUGUGAUUCGUUGUCAUAUUUGAAUGCUGUUAGAAAGUGUGUCAUCGGUCUUGAUAAUAUAGAGCGUAAUAAAGUUGGUGUUUUUCAUGAAGUUAUGUGUAAAAAUCCCGCCUCAUUACCUGGUUGUCGUAAAAAAACAGAGUUAUUGUCUCUCUGUAAAGAUGUUUUUGAAAAUACUAACUUUAGAUCUGAAUUGAAAGAGUGUUUAAGAGAAAUAGCUAAAAAGUCUCGUUGUGGGGGGAGUUAUGAUCCAGUAUGUCUUUGUAAUUCUAAAUAUUUCAUGGAAUCUACUAUAUUCAUUGAUACAUAUGAAAAAUGUUAUCGUCUAUUGACUGUUGAAGAACAUCUUGCUUUUACGGACUUUUAUAAUAUUAUGUGUAAGAAUCCUUUGUUACCUCCUGUACCUUGUAUUCAACUUCAAGUAUCAUCAAAAAAACCUGUUUUAUGCUCGGAUGUGUAUAAAAAUUUAGAAUUUGGAGAAAAGUUCAUGGAAUGUAUGAGAAAAGCAUUAAAGAAAUCAAAUUGUUUAGAACCUUAUGAUGCAUUAUGUCUUUGUGAUUCUAAAUCUUAUUUCGAUGCUGUUAAUAGAUGUAUAAUUACUACAGAUAAUAAUGAAUAUAAAGUAUUUAGAGAUUUUUCUGAAAUUUUAUGUAAAAAUCCUUCAUUACUUCCUGGAUGCAGUAUGGAUACUGUUUCAUUGACUGAAUCAAAAACUACAUCGGUAUCGACAACCGUCUCUUCUACUGAAUUACUGAAAAUUACUGAAACAAUAAAGUAUACAUCGACAUAUACAACUAUUCCUGUACCUGGUAUUAUAAUAUCACAUUUUUCUGGUUCUCAACAAAUAAAAAUCAACAAUGUAUUUUUCUUUUUUAUAAUGAUCUUUAUUAUUAUAAAUAUUUAAAAACCUUA